AUGUCCUCUCACUUUCAUAGGACCCCACUACACUGGGCCUGUACAUUUGGUCAUCAUAAAGUAGUAGCUCUCCUGGUAGAGAAAAAAUGCAACCUUAACCCCUAUGAUGACAGAAAGAAGACAGCUCUGAUGAAGGCUGCACAAUGCCAGAAUGAGGAAUGUGUAGCUAUUCUGCUAGAACAUGGGGCCAAUCCAAGCAUGACGGACUCCCGUGACAACACUGCUCUCCACUAUGCUGCCUGUGGUCAGAACAUAUCUAUUGCAGCAAAACUGCUUUUACAUCAUGCAAAUAUCGAAGCAAAAAACAAGAAAGGGCUCACACCACUCUUACUGGCUCUAAAAAGAAACAGGCCUCCAAUGGUGGAAUUUUUAGUAAAGAAUGGAGCAGAUAUACAUGCGAUUGAUACCCUGGGGAGGCUUUCUGACAAAUGUGACUCUGAUGAUUCAUGGCCUUCAUCCAUUGAUGACUCAGAUUCUGAUAGCAAGGCUGUCCCAUAUACCCCAACCCCUAGUGGAUCUUACAUGACCAAUACGGACAGCCGCCAUAGGUGUCAGGUCACCAGCGGCAGUAAUUGCGGGUCUGAUCAAAGAGGAAGCAAAGGCAAGAGCCGGGCUCCUCUAGUCCACCAUCUUGAAUCUUUCAAGGUUGGUGAUUCUGAUAGUAAAAAUGAAUAGGUGGUUGAAACCUUUCUUACAGCACCAGUCAAGAUCAAGUUUUCUGAUUCUGCCUUUCUAUCACCUGACCAUUUCUAAAACCUUCCCUCUAUAGCAAUUCCUGGUCUCAGAAAGGAGAAAGCAACAAAGCCAUCAGUUGGAACAAAGGAAAACGGUAUUGAUAUUUUUGAAAGUGCUCCAUGUGAGCAAAUCAAUAAUGACAAUAUGACUUUUGUUGAUGGACUGUAGAUAGAGAAUAGAAGGAGGAAGUUAUCUGCAUUACGAUUAGGAAAAAAGAAAGAGGAAGAAUCACCUUGGGAUUCUGAGAACAUCUCUGAGAAUCUUCCACAGAAGUGUGCUGGUCAUGUGUCUGGGGCUGCGGAUCAAAUUGGAAAAAAUAAAGUAAAUGGGGAAGUAGCAGAUAUGUUUUAUAUUACCAUGAGUGGACCAAGAAAUUUUAAGAUUGCUAAACUAGAGGAUACAGGAAUGAUUAUAUGUCCCUUUUGCUUUUUAGAGUGUCCUGAGAAAUAUCCUCACUUGAAGCCUACCAUUGAAGUGAAAGACUCUGUUCCAAAUAAAGCAGUAGGAGUGAAGGAUAUACAAACAUCUAGAUCAGCAGAACAAGACUUUAGAAUGACAGCAGACAAAGAGCAAGAAAGGCUUGAUGGAAAUGAAAAUAAGCAGCCACAGGUUGAUGAAGAAAAGAAGCACAAAAGUAAUGAAACAAAAAUAUCAGAAAACCUAUGUGAUGGUGCUGCUGCUGCUACUGAUAAUGGAUUAAUUCAACAAAGAAAGAAUGGGAGAACUGAUCACCAGCAAUUUCCCAUCGAGGAGAAUGAAAAGUGUGAUAGAAGUCCUGCCUUGCAUAUGAUGGAAGGAAAGAAAAAUGAAAAUGAAAAAUGGACCUCAAAAGAAUCUGUGAUUACACCAACAUUUGAGAAGGCUGAUUCACUAACUGGUGGUCCACUACAAGUGAAUGUUAACAGCUGUUUAGGUAAAAUAGAUCAGGACGAUGGAAGGCCUGCAAAGAAAACAUCGAAGGAAAAGAACAAGGUCAAAAAACAAACAAAUUCUGUAGACGACCUUGAUAAAUUAACCCAUUCAUCUGAAACAGCCUCCGAGCACCGUGAGUUGCCUUACUCUGACUCCAAGAAGUCUAAGUUGGUAAUCAAACAACUUGGAAUGGAUUGCAAAGAUUCUAUGAGCCUACUGAAAAUGCAGGAUGCAGUUUUUUCAGAUGAAAGAGCAAUAGAACUUAAAAAUAAUGAUUGUGAACUAAGAAGAAAAGUUAAAAAAAUUGAAAAUAAAAUUAGUGGACUACAAAAGGGACUAUCAGAAAAAAAAGAAAUGAAGCGACAAUUACAGCAUGAAAAAGUGCAAUGGGAAGAAGAACACUGCGAUUUGAGAUUUCCCAUAAAACAAGAAAAAGAAAAGAGAAGAGAUACUGACAUGCCACGUGACAAACUUAGAGAGCCGUUACAAAGAACAGAAGAGCUGUGCAGUGAAGACGCUGCAGUGAGACGACUCGAAGUGACUCUGAGGACAGGAGAUGCGGAACUGAGGGCUGCCAGAGACAAUGUGGAUGAGCUUGUAGAAGAGCAAAGUGACAUCCAGAGGCAACUUUCUCAAGAACAGAAUGCCGGAGUCUUACAAGAUGGGAUUCCGACCAGGCACCUGUGCGAAAUACAAGAGGAGCUAGAAAUGGCCGAAAAGAAAAGGAAUGAUGAGGUUUCUGAUAGUCAUCAAAAAGAUCUGUUGCAUAAAAAUCACAUGUUGCAGGAUGAACUUGCCAUGCUAAGACUGGAAAGAGACAGAAUAAAAAAUCAAUUUCAGGAGAAAGAAAAGAAAUAUUUCAAGGACAUUGGAAUUAUACAAAGAAAGAAUGAAUACCUUCAAAAGAUGAUAAAAUGGAAUGAGGAAACAUCCACAAAAGCAAUAUCCCAGUAUAGUGGACAGCUUAAUGUUCUGACAGCUGAGAAUACAAUGCUAAAUUCUAAACUGGAAGAUGAAAAACAAAACAAUGAAAGACUGGAAACAGACAUUGAAUCAUACCGUUCUAGACUGGCUGCUGCUAUCCGAGAUCGUGAUCAAAGUCAGACAUCUAGAAGGGAACGAGAACUUGCUUUCCAGAGAGCAAGUGAUGAGAGGUUUCAUUUACAGGAAAAAAUGAAUUUUAAAAUAUCUGUCCUAAAAGAUAAGAAUGAAUUUCUUUCUCGGCAAAUUUCUAAAGCUGAAAGUAAAACUGAUAGCCUAGAAAUUGAGCUUCAUCGCAUAAGAGAUGCUCUCAGAGAAAAUGCUUUGGUCUUAGAAGGUAUACAAAGAGACCUAAGCCAAAUACAGUGUAAAAUGAAGGAAAUUGAACACUUGUAUCAAAAUGAACAAAGCAAAGUGAAUAAAUGCAUUGGAAAUCAGGAAUCUGUAGAGGAGAGAUUAUCUCAACUACAACGUGAAAAUUGUUUUCUUCGACAGCAACUGAAUGAGGCUCGCAACAAAGCUGAUCAUGAAGCAAAGAUAGUAAUUAAUUUCCAAUGCCAAUGUUGUGAUACUGUAAGAACACUUCAAGUUCAGAGUGAAAAAUCAAGUCUUAUACUGGAAAAGAGAAGCAAGGAGUACAUCAAUGAAUGUAAUGAUUUAGAAGAAAAACUACAUCAGCAUGAAAAUGAGGAAAAAAUAGAAGUAGCUGUAAGACCAGUUCAGCACAAAAUGGCUGAUACCCUAAAAAAACCUAUGUCGGAGGCUUCCCUGGAGGUUACAUCAUGUUAUCACAUUAAUUCAGAAAAUGAGACACAAGAUUUAAAGAAAGUAUGUCAAAUCCGAAGUCAGGUUGAUGAUCUUAGAGCACAACUGGAAGCUACAUCCUCAGAAUGUCUACGUCUGGAUGAAAAGAGUCAAUUUCAACAGGAGUUACUAUCUAUGAAAGCAGGACUAAAGAAAUGGGAAGAACUAGAGAAGGAGAAAAAGAAGUUGGAACAAGAAGUAGUAAACCUCAUAAGCCAUAUGGAAAUGAACAUGGUAGAACGUAGUGAAGUGGAGCAGUAUGAACGGGAGCUUAAAGAAAGAGCAAGACAGGAGAUAUUAAAAAAAUUAGAAGAAGUCAAUCUGUUUUUACAGGAACAAGCAGCAUCUCAGGAAUACUUAGAAAUGUUAAGAGAGGGUGAUCAGGAUUUAAUAAAACAUCAGAUGGAACUCAGAAUUAAAGAUCUGGAAUUUGAACUCUUCAAAAUGAAAAAUUCUCAAGAUGAUUCUCGUGAGACAGAAUUGGUAAAAUAUAAGCAACUCUAUAAAGAAGCACGAGAAGCCAGAAUAUCAGUGUCAAAUAAAUUAUGCAAGUAA